GCGACAUGUUUUUCCUCAAGGAAGAGACCAAGGUUAUCACGUUGCACCCGUCCUAUUUUGGGCCUAAUGUGCGAGAGUACCUGAUAAACCGGCUGAACGAGGAGGAGGAAGGACGGUGUACGGGAGAUCACUUCGUGAUUUGUGUGAUGGACAUGGUAGAUAUUGGAGAAGGCCGAGUUCUACCUAGCAGCGGGCAAGCCGAGUACACAAUUAAAUACCGAGCUAUUAUCUGGAAGCCGUUCCGUGGAGAGACCGUCGAUGCCAUCGUUACGUCUGUUAAGCCCACCGGAAUCUUCACAUUAGCGGGUCCACUGUCGGUCUUCAUUGCGCGCAAGAACAUUCCUUCCGAUAUCAAGUGGGAACCAAACACAGUGCCUCCUCAAUACACAGAUCACGCGGACCAGGUAAUUGAGAAAGGGACAAGUCUACGACUCAAGAUCCUUGGUGUCAAGCCAGAUGUCGCCGCAAUCAAUGCUAUUGGAACCAUUAAAGAAGACUACUUAGGACCACUGUAAAAAAUUUCGACGAGAAGAUACCUUUAUCGCAUCUAAUGAUUAUACCAAUCCUACCGCCAGCAAGCGCUUGAAAAGAUUCUGUUGCUUUUUCUACCAUCAUACAAGGGGAUUACGGGAAAGGAGCAAGUGUCCCGAGGGGGUACAAUCAUUGCUUGAUCAAAAGACACUCAGUCAGUGUGUCCAGCUUGUUAUAUGUUCGUUCUCAGAUGAGAAGACAUUCUCACGUCCCUCGACGAUGAAAGAGCGCUGCUGGUCAGCAGACACAAACAGCAGGUGGUGCAGCCUGUCUGGUGAGCUGAAAUAGAGCACGAGGACAUCACGGACCUCCGUAGAUAUGCUGUCAUGGGAGGUGGAUGCCAGUCUCGGACAAGCAUGUGAGGCGUCAGUAACAUGUAAGUAUAUGGAAAAGCAAGAAAAGAGAUUUAUGCGAAGUGUACUUUACUGCCCCCGAGGCAUCUCCUAUCAAGAAGUAACCAUCAACUCCAUACGGGACUCGAAAAAGUUCGGCUGGUGUACCAGGUGUAGAUGGCACGGCAUCUGUUCGUCUAACGUCGACAUGUAUAUAUCCGUGGACUCU